CAAUCCUACAGCGGUAUUUGUUUAAUUCUGCAAUUCAACAGCGGCUAAUAAUAAGAGUAUCAUCGGCAACGUCGUGUAUUGAAAAUUAAAGUCAUUAGCAAGGAAUUUGACAACCCUAUCAUUAACAAAGUCAGUACCAGAAUCAUUUACUGUCGUCUCCAAAACAAAUUCACAUAAUUUGGCUACUUAAAAAUUGCUGUACUAUACAUUUAAGCACUCUUUCCAUCAGGAUCAAUUUCGUUGUUAAGAUCACAUUUUUCAUAUACUGAUACCACUCAUUACAACUAGAAAUAUACCAUCAUGAGCGUUCCCAAUGUCGGUAAAUCGCCGGUGUCUACGUCGCUGACGCCUGGUAUCUCGUUCACAGACACUGCUCUGACACCUGGGUCGUCUUCUGCAAAUCCCCCAAUAGCUACUCAGCCAAUUCCCAAAAAGUCACAACAGAUCAAAACUGACAAGCCCAGGCCUCAUGUGUGUACGAUUUGUACGCGAGCUUUUGCCCGUCUUGAGCAUUUGAAACGUCACGAGCGUUCCCAUACAAACGAAAAGCCUUUCCAGUGUGCUGCUUGCGGGCGCUGUUUUGCACGUCGAGAUUUGGUGCUUCGUCAUCAGCAGAAACUUCACACAUCUUUGCCAAAUGUUAUGAGAAGAGGUUCUACGAAGGAUUUGGAUAAUAACGAACACAUCAUCGUUUUACAUAACAACACUCUGCCCAACGCGCCGCUUCCUAACGGAUCAUUUGGUGACGGAAUUGGACUCAACGUUGGUACUAGCGAUAUGUCCAACGAUUCGCUGGGAUAUCCAUACUCACCUCCACGUACAAACGAUGUAACUUAUAAUCAUCCACAAUUCCGUACAGCGAUGUUUGGAGAUGGCAAUGGUCAUAAUAAUAGUAAUGGCAAUGGAAAUGGAAAUGGGAAUGUCAGUCACAAUAGUAAUAACAAUCACAUCAGCAACAACAAUAGCAAUAAUAAUCACACCACUCUCAAUAAUGCUAGCCUCAACAUGCUGCCUGCAAACAAUAACACUAAUAAUAACGGUGGAGCCUUCUCGCCUCAUCCAUCGAUUCUGAACCACGCCUCCCCGCCUAUUCUCGCAAGUUCUAUACCCAACGUUUCCAAUACUGCCAAUAACAACAGCAACUUCCAGCAGCCUUCGCCACAGCUGAACGAGUCUCCCAAUCGUAGUUCUGUAGCUCCUAAACCCAUUCCAGCUCAUCUUCAACAGAAACAACUCGCGAUUAAUCAUCAUAUCUCUAAUCUUGCUGCUCAGUAUAGGCAUGCUUCUUUCUCUGCAGCUUCCAAUAUUUCAUACACUAACUUGAAAGAUGCACUCAGCAUCCAGCUGCAUAACAAUAUGGAGCCAGCACCGAUGCAAGUAGACUUUGCUACACCUCAGUUAUCUGCUCAAGACGACUAUUCUCGUAAUUUGCUUCUUUCAGGCCUCGAUUUAAGCUCCUACAACAUGAUGGAUUGGAACAGUAUCGACAACCUCGACUUGAACGAAGCAUCUACAACAGAAAUGUCUACUGGUGCUGCUACUGCGAAACAAAAGUCGAUCAAGAAUCUCCAGCAUAGUAAAAACAGUAAUGGCUCGAACUUGUUGACAACACAUCAGUUUCUGAACCCGAACCACCCCCACCAUAUCAAGGGAACUACUCCGUUUGAAUUCGGUGUCAAUCCGCCAAAUGAUGUCAACAUUAUGCAGCAGUUGCUCGAGCAAAACGGAUUAAGACCAGAUGCGGCAGCGUUCAGCUUGAAUACAUCCAUGAUUGAUCAGAAGAAGCUUCAGAAAAAGAAGGCUCCUCAAGCUUUGCAUCCACCACCAGUUAAAAGAACUAAAAGAGAAGAUUCUACCACAGAUAAGAGCAGCUCUGAAAGUAUGCCUAUAAGCAUCUCAAACAACGAUGACGACAAUUGGCUCAAAGAAAUCAUCGGAACACCAUAUGAUACAAACUUUCAGGCUAAUAAUCAGCAUAUGGGUCUUUUUGAACCUCCCAGCUCUCCCAAUGAGUUGACUACUCUCUUCAGGUCCAGACAAAGCGACUUGGUCAACCAGUUGAAACCAAACUUCAGUAUCACACAAGUUGCUGACCUCGGUAUAGACUUUCCAUUCAAGAAGGACAAGUAUUCAUCGUUUUCACAAGAAUUGAGAUCGAGAAUCAUUCUGAUCAGCAACAUUUCAGACUCGCAGUUUCCUUCACUUGAAGACUUGAACAGGUACAUGAAGUUGUACGAGUUAGAGUUCAAUAGGUACUUCCCCUUCAUCCAUUUGCCUUCAUUGAAGAACCCAAUGGUGGACAAUUUUGAGAAUAUUCCCUUGUUGCUUUCCAUGGCAUCUAUUGGUGCCUUGUAUUCAUUUCACGACUCAAACACUUUGCUUUUGUUCAAUUUGUCCAAGUUCCACAUCCAAAGUUUCUUUGAAAAGGAGAUUACUUUGGACAAUUUACAGUUCAAGAAAGUUCCGUUGAUGGCCCACCAGUGCUUAGUAUUGCAUAUAUUUAUUUCCAUGUUCCUCAACGAGCCCAAUAUGGUUGACAUAACUUCCAGACAGAUUAAGUCUAUGAUUGGUCUUAUUAAGUCGACUAACUUCAAUGAGCCUCUUGAGCAAUUCUUGGUUCCACCACCAAGCAUUUUGGAGACAAGAGCACAACAGCUCAUUCAGAACAACUUUGAUUACUUUAUUAUGGCCCAGCUGAGAAUUAGAACGUUGCACAUGUUUUACAUGUUACAGACAUUCAGAUCUAGUAUUAUUGGUUUGCCCAUCUACUUGAACUCGAAGUUCUUGAAGAACGGAAAUUACUGUUUUAAUGAAGAGUUGUGGAGAUGUGAGGGAUCACAAGCAUGGUUUAAAGAAUUGUCGAAGGAUAAUAAAAAGACAUUGGUAGAACUCAGUAAUGGUGAAUCUCAGGAGUCCUUGUUAAAACUUUUGAAGGAUAAUACACUCGUUAACCCACAUGAGCCAAAACUUUCGUUGAACAACUCACUCGCCCUUUUGAUAUAUUUGCACGAGUUGGUCCAGACUGAGAUCUCGUCCAUGAAGCAGCGGUUCACUUACUUGAAUUGGAAGCUUAAUCACAAACCAAAAUUGGAACAUAUGGUCAGAGCUUGGGAAGGAAAGUUCUUGAAGAACAACGGAACUUUGCAAAUUGAUUCCUAUAGUAGAUACUUGUUAAAUUCGAAGAAUGAACUCAAGUUGAUAUUGCCUUUACAUGCACUAUUAAAGAUUAAGUUAGAAGUGAACUUCAAUCCAAUAAUAGCAGCAAUUCUCAGAAAGGAUUGGUCAAGCAUGAAUUCCCAGUUGAAUUUGUUAUUGAUUCAAGAGCCCAUUCACGAAAAUAUCAGAGCAAGUCUUCCUCAUUGUUUCGAAAUUCUUCAAUUGUGGAUCUACAACAUUGAAACAAUUAACUAUGAUAUUAAACAGACGUCACUAAGAUCGCCAGUUUUCUUUGUUGCGUGUUUGUUUGUCGCGAUUCUCUUAGUUUCAACAUACUUGGAUUUCUUGGAAGCGAAGUUCGAAAAGGGUACCAAAUUCAACGAUAGAGAGCUCGUGGAUUGGUUAUCCUGUGAAACGAUCAUGUUGAAGGUUGAGAAAGUGUUAUCUCCUGUUCUUAAAUCUUCGUACUCUGAAUUCUUGACUAAACAAGCGCAUGGUGCUUUCAACAAUAUUAUUGAUGAUAAAACCGAAAAGAUCGACAAACUUGAAAGCAUUAGCAAGGAACUUGCCCAGGAGAUUAAGAAAAUCAAUUUGUCUACAAAGUCACUUUAUUUGGGAAUUAGAAUAUUGGCUGAUGCACCCAUCUGGCCCAUUGCCAUGGGCUUUGCUGAGGCUUUGAAGAACAGAGCUACAUAUUUAUCAUCUAGAAAGUUGUCUCAAACAAGGAAAUAGGUCAAGAGCAUACAAAAUAAGUGGAAUUACAAAGCAUAUCAGAGCAUUCUUGGGAUUAGAUUGUACAGUAUAGUAUUCGAAACAACAUGAUAUUGAUGUCGACAUUCGUUUCAAACAGCAUUGAUAUUCGUUGGAUUGCACCAGACGCUUGUUUCUAACAUACACUGGGAUUUCACGAAUUAACGGAAAAAAUGUAUAAAGUAUAUUUACUUCUUUAUUUUAAUUACUACGAAUACUUCAGUU